AUGAAUUUAUUUCAGGUCACAUUGUUCACCAGAGGAAAGGCACCCAUAACCCAACAGUUGCCAGGUGAAUCAGAUGCAGAGUAUGCAGAGUUCUCUUCCAAGGUGCUGCAUUUGAAAGGUGAUAGGAAAGACUUUGAUUUCGUUAAGACAAGCCUUUCUGCUAAGGGCUUUAAUGUUGUCUAUGAUAUUAAUGGACGCGAGGCCACUGAAGUAUCCCCCAUACUAGAAGCGUUGCCAAACCUGGAACAGUUUAUCUAUUGCUCAUCGGCAGGAGUCUACCUUAAGUCAGACCUGCUCCCACACUUUGAGACCGACGCUGUGGACCCAAAAAGCCGGCAUAAGGGAAAGCUGGAGACACAGAGCCUGCUGGAGAUGAGCGGCAUGAACUGGACGUCCAUCAGACCGGUCUACAUCUACGGCCCUCUCAACUACAACCCCGUGGAGGAGUGGUUCUUCCACCGGCUCAAGGCUGGUCGCCCGAUCCCCAUCCCUAACGCUGGGAACCAGAUCACCCAGCUCGGCCAUGUCAAGGAUUUGGCGACGGCCUUCAUCAAGGUCCUCGGCAACCCCAAGGCGAGCAAGCAGGUGUACAACAUCUCCGGCAGCAAGUAUGUCACCUUCGACGGGCUAGCAUGGGCAUGCGCAAAGGCUGGAGGGUUCCCUGAGCCGGAGAUCAUCCACUACAACCCCAAGGACUUCGAUUUCGGCAAGAAGAAGGCCUUCCCCUUCAGAGACCAGCAUUUCUUCGCGUCGGUGGAGAAGGCCAGCAAGGACCUCGGGGUUACGCCGGAGUACGACCUCCUCGACGGCUUGACGGACUCGUACAACCUUGACUUCGACCGGGGGACCUUCAGGAAGGAGGCUGACUUCACCACAGACGACAUGAUCCUCGGCAAGAAGCUCGUGAGCGUCUGAGGCGUGCAUGGACGGGCUCAUGGCAGUGCAAAGCGUGUGGCAACAGCGUGUGCGGCGUGCAUAUGUAGCACAGGGAAGACGAUCUCAGUUUUGGGAUGUAGGUUGAGGUUCACUCAUCCGAUGAAAUGUACUGCUGACACCUAAUUCUCUCCUCGUGUCAUUUGCUUUACUUCGGUUCAGUUUAUACGUGGUUUUCUUUUUGUAAUAAUAUAUCGGUUUUCUAA